GUGUUAGUCGUUCUCAAGAAUAAAACCAAGGCACUCAUACAGAUAUUUUCAUAGCGACCAGUGUUUGCAAUUGUAUAAAAUAAACGUGUUCUGGGUUGUUACACUGCGAAUUUGAGGUUUGCAAAGAACUUUCUCAUUAACCGACAGAGCUACCGUUAACAGCUCCUCCAAUAUAUGACGCGUCAUCAUCAGCCAAUAGGAUUUUAGUUGCACAUUAAUGUAAUAAUUUGCGUUACCAACAUCAUUUAUGUAUCAUAGCACUUAUGUAACAUGUUUGAAUACAAGUGCCAUGCUUCACAUUAGUAUUAUAAUUUAUUGCUUAAUCGUGGUGGCAUCGCAGUCUCCUGAACACGACCACGGGGACAGCAGGAAAAUGAAUGACGAUCCAGCAGAACAAUUAUUUGUGCGAAUGUUCAUGAAAAGGAGAACGGAACAACUGGCUGCUGUCAAAAGACUUCUUGCAAUUGACAGUUAUGAAAAACAAUAUAAAAUGGUGUCUGUAAUAGCAGAGAAAGUUUUCAGCGUAAUCAAGAGUAGCAGAGUUACGUUAGAAAGUUUAGGUUACAUCCCUGGAAUUAGUGCUUUUCCUAAGGAUGAGGAUACUUUGGACGCCCUGGCAAACAUUCUGGAGAACACUGCGCUGUUUGGUGAUAUUUUGCUGAGACUUCCUGAUAUUUCCCACAAAAUCUUAAUCUCAAAACAUGAAUGGGAAGUAUCGCUACAAUGGAGCUUAGGUUUCUCCAACCAAACCCAUCUACUGGACAAACAAACACAAAAACUUGUGUACCUGGCGAGCCAAGAAAUAAACGUCACGGAAAGGAAUCCCAAUUACCUGAAUCCAUACAGCAAAAUUCAUAAACAGAAACACGACAAACAACAAAGUCCGGAACAGAAUGUUGCAAAGAAGAAGAAAAUGAAGAAGCAUAAGAAAGGACCACGUAUGUCCAGCGGAACUUUUACUGGAGAUCUGUGACGUUAACCUGAAUGCACGUAACAUACCUUUCCUUGAACGACGUUCAGCUCAAACUCACUGCUGGUUUGUAAAACACGUGAACUUUCCUUGGAAGUAAUGUCGCAUGUAUUGGUUUUAGCUCAUAGUCUUCAUUGUCUAUGGAGAUCCAACGUUGUGUAUUCUGUUUGGAAAAAAUAAAGAUGUUAAUUAUAUUUA